AUGGCACACUUCCAAAACCAAUAUGGUGCAGUUCCAGUAAGUCACAACCCAAUUCAGAAGGAAAUGGACACAGCCGGAGACACCACCGGAAUAGGCAGCAACGCACAUGUCGCGACGGAUCAUGACAUCACCGGACCCGCGAUGGUUAACACCGCCACCGGCAUCAGCGGCACCGAACAUGUUGCCACGAACGAUGAUAUCACUGGACCGGCGAUGGUUAACACCAACCCAACAACCGAACCCACCGAUGAGACCCUAACUAUAAGCAGCGACACUCUUGCCGGCGGUGAGAACGACCACCAUGAAAAGAAAGGAAUAAUGGAGAAGAUCAAGGAGAAGCUUCCCGGAAAACACCACCACCAAAACAAGUAG